GGACUUCGAAUGCGCUAUUUCGACGUUUACGUUACUUUACAAUGAAUUUAGAACUUCUUGAAGCAUUUCAUCAAAAUUAUCCUGAGGCUGCAGACGGGUACUUGGAGCGAAUAAAAAAAGAUGAUGGGAGCAAAGAUGCUGGGUGUGCUACUUAUGCUAUAACACUACAGUUUAAUCGUAUUGGAAGCCUUCUUGCUAUUGGCUGUAAUGAUGGAAGGAUAGAAAUAUGGGAUCAUGUUACUAGACGAAUAUCAAAAAUACUGGUGGCUCACUCACACCCAGUUUGUUCCUUAAGUUGGAGUCGAGACAGCAGAAAACUCCUCAGUGCAUCAACUGACAAUACAGUCUCUAUAUGGGAUGUAUUAUCCAGUGCUUGUGAGCAGACAUUUCAGUUCCCCUGUCCUGUAAUGAAAGUUCAGUUCAAUGCGAGAAAACGCGAACAGUUUCUUGUUUGUCCUAUGCGACAUGCUCCAGUUGUCAUCACUGUUCCUAGUGGUGUUCCAACCAUUAUACAACCAGAAGAUGAGAAUGACUUCAGUGUCGUUGCAUCAUAUGAUCGCCGUGGUCGGUAUAUAUAUACUGGGAAUUCCAAAGGCAAAGUUUGUAUAUACGACACAACAGAUUUUCAGUUGAUCAGUUCAUUUAAAUCGACGUCAGCGGCAAAUGCUGCGAUUAAAUCGAUUGAAUUCGCUAGACGUGGAGAAUACUUCUUACUGAAUUGUGCUGAUCGAGUUAUUCGAGUCUACAAUUGUGAAGAUGCUUUAAAUGGAAGUACAGCAGAUCCAGAACCAAUUAAGAAAUUAAAAGAUCUUGUUACUGGGAGUCAUUGGAGAAAAUGUUGUUUCUCUGGUGACGGUGAAUACAUUUGUGCUGGUUCAAUGAAACAACACUCUAUAUAUUUAUGGGAACGUGCUAGUGGAACAUUGGUGAAAAUUUUACACGGUCAAAAAGGUGAAACUCUGCUAGAUGUUGUUUGGCAUCCACUCAGACCAAUAAUUGUGUCGAUUUCAAAUUCUGUAACAAAAGAACAAGUAUCUAUAUGGGCACAAACACAAGUUCAAAAUUGGUCAGCUUUUGCUCCAGAUUUUAAAGAACUUGAUGAAAAUGUUGAAUAUGAAGAAAGAGAAUCAGAAUUCGAUAUGGAUGAUGAAGAUAAACAGAUCGAGGAAAGUAAAAAUAACAAUGAAGAAGAGGACAUCGAAAUUGACAUAGAAACUAUAGAACCUGUUCAGACCUUGUUAAGCAGCGAUGAAGAUGAAGAAUGUGAAGAUAUUCUCAUGUACUUGUCCAUCUCUCCUGAAGUUGAUAAUCCAGAUGAUUUGUCAGGUGGUGAAGAAUCUGUCAGCACACAGAAUUCUGAACGACCAAAUGGUGGUGGUGGUGGUCAGAAAAAACCUGGUGAUACUCGUCCAAAUGAAUUAGCAUCAAAGAAUUCAUUACAUUCUACUGUACCAACAGUUCCAAUUCACUUACCUGGUGCACCAACUGAUGAAGUUCAUCCACUUGUCAGUAGUCGUAAAGCACCAAUGAAAUCUUUAUCCGGCAGUCAUCACGACGCAUCAACAAAACACAGUAGUAGUAGUAGUAGUAGUAAUGGUCAAGCUGGAUUAACAUCGAAUACAACAACAGGCUAUGGAUUGAGUAGUAAUUCUCGAAAAACAUCAACAACACGUCAACGUGAUCGUGUCAAGUCUAGGAGAUGAUCUCUCUUAUUUCUCGUUCAUAUGUGUAAUAAUAGUAAUAAUAAUAAUAAUAGCUAUGUGUAUAAUUCCUCCUUUCUUUUCUCUCUUUGUUUGUAUAUGGAUCAACUUUUGUCUGUUAUCAUCGCAUUUGUUAUUAUUAUUAUUAUUAUUAUUCAUUUUGCCUCUUCAUAUGUGUAUAUUCUGCUUAAUGAUAGAUACUAUUACUUAAUUUCUCUGAAUGUGUAAAUAAUUUACGAAUUUCAGCAGUUACGAAAAUGUUUAAUAUAGCAAUUGAUGGUAUACAUUGACUUGGCAUACUAGGUACACACACACUGAU